AUGUAUUCUACUCCGUUGAAGAAUAGGGUUGACUACAAUAGUGGUACUGUUUAUAGGACUUUAACUGGAAAUGGAGGUACUGCAGAAGGUUUGCUAACAGGUACUUUGAAUGGGAGCAUGGUGAAUACAAAUGAUGCAGGAAAUGCUCUUGGUGAUUCGGAUGCUGUUACCAGCAAUGGCAAUGGUAUAUUGGGAAACCAGUUGUAUAAUGGAUUAGCUGUUGAUUUUAACGUGUCUACAGAUCAUUUGAAAAUGACGGGAAUGGAUAGUAUGAAACCUUUAGACUUGGCUUCUCAAUAUAUUGAUUAUUUAGAGAGAAAGGAUUCUAAUUCCCCAGUCUUGGAUGAAAGAUCCUAUUACAACAAUGGUGUCAAUUAUAAUUUUACUAAAGAGGUGGGAGGUUUAGGUGCUUUUACACCUUUUGAAAGACAACAAGUAAUUAAUGUUCCUGAUGAAAUUUUAAAAGAAGCUUCGAAAACAGAAAUUAAAAAUGAUACAGGUAUUUUCCCAGAGAUAAACCGUUGUUGGAUCACUAUAGAUAAUAAAUUGAUCUUGUGGAAUUAUCAAGACAGUACAGAUUAUCAGACAAUUGAUGAAAUUAAGCAUACUAUUUUACACGUCGCAUUGGUAAAGCCUAAAAAAGAUACAUUUGUGGAUUAUAUUAAACAUUUAUUAAUCGUGGUUACUCCAUUCGAUAUCUUCAUAUUCGCUAUCUCUUAUAAUAACAAAAAUAAUGAGUUAAGCAUUUAUAACACAUCGAUGUCUGUUUCAGUACAUGGCUUAGAAGUAUUUGACGUUGUUACUUACGAUAGAACAGGUCAAAUUUUCUUUGCUGGGAAAACAAACGGCAUCAAUAUCUGGGAGCUACAAUAUUCGGGCUCAGAUGAUUGGUAUAAUAGUAAAUGUACUAAGGUUUGUAUGACCCAAUCUGCAUUAUCAAGUUUAUUACCAACAAAUAUGUUAUCAAAAAUUCCUGGAAGCAGUUAUGUACAAUCUUUAUUCGAAGAGGAUUCAAAGUACUCUCAAGAAACUAUUAUGCAAUUAGCCAUUGAUCAAUCAAGAGGUAUUAUUUACUCUUUAUCUUCAAAAUCCAUUAUAAGAGCUUAUCUAAUAUCUAACAACUCGUUAGUGGGUCCAAUGUCCAUUGAACCAGCUUAUAUCAAAAGAAUUAUCGGUACUACCACCGCUAGAGGUGCUGCUAUUUUGGCAAAUAAAUAUUUGAAGAUCUCUAAAAUUGUAUUGGUAUCUCAACAAGAAAAUAACAACUUAUUCUUUGUUGCUAUAACGAUCGGUGGUGUUCGUCUAUACUUCAAUGGGUCCAUAGGUAGAUCAAGUAUUGAAGCAAUUAGAUUAGAAUCAAUUAAAUUUCCACCUAGUUCGGUAACUCCACAAGUUAUUCAACAAGAAUUGCAAAAGGAACAACUUGAACAACAAAAGAAAAGUCUACCAUUUUACUCUGCAUUAACUUCAUCAGAAUCUGUUUUAUUAAGAUUCCAAAAAAAAUCAUCAGUAUUGUUAGAAACAACAAAGGCAAGCACAAUUAUAUCACCAGGUAUAUUCUUUUCCUCUAUUGUAAAGACUCCAGAACAAGAUAAAAAGAAUAAUAAUACCACAACUAAUAAUAACUCUGGACAUAUAAAUCAAAUUCAAAAUAAGUUGUUUGUUUCUGUCCCAGAUUAUGGUGUCUUAAAGCAGCAUGGUAAGUAUAUUGAAAAUGCCACAUUUUUGGAUACAACUGGUCCUGUAAAACAGGUCAUUCCAUUGACUGCGUCAUUCAAUGCUACCAUGAAGCAAGAAGGUUAUGCAAAUGUUUUUGCUACUCAAUAUACUGUUGAAAAUUUGAGAAUCGCUGUAUUAACAAACACAGCAAUUGAAAUUUAUAGAUAUAGAAGUCCAGACGAAAUUUUUGAAUCAUUGAUUGAUAAUCCAUUGCCAUUCUUAGUUAAUUAUGGUUUAUCAGAAGCUUGCUCUACUGCCCUAUAUGUGGCUUGUAAGUCAAAUAAACCUGAUCAAUUAAGGUCUGCUGCACUUACAUUCUUCUUUGUUGGUAUCCCAGGUAUUGUUGAAAUUAAACCAAAAUACAAUCGAUAUGCGUCAUCUGCAGUUUCUUCACUAUUGGGAAAGCCUAUUGUUGCAACUCCUCAAAAAACAAUGGCUGGUAUCUAUCCUCCUAGUAAGACUUCAUCUACAACUAACUUUAGUUUGGAUGAUGUAUUUUUGUCCCCAAGAUUUUAUGGUAUUGCUUUGUUGAUUUCAAGAUUAUUCAGAGAUAUUUGGGAAAAACAAAUUUUCGUAACUAAAAACAACUCUAAACAGGCCACUUCUUUUGAUUCAACACAAAACAGACAAAUUUCAACACCUAUUACCGGUGUCACUAUUUCUAAAUCAGAUGUUGACUAUUAUUUAUCUUCAAUUUCCAUUUUAAAUGAAUUUUUUAACAUUUAUGGCAGCUCUAUUAGCACUGUUUACACGCCAUCUUUACCAGGUAGUUCCUCUGGAAAUAGAGCCACUGAUAAAUCAGAAGGUGUUGCAUAUCAAGCCGAAAAUACUGCUAUUAGUGCAAUGAUAAAAUUGGUUCAGUCAAUUAAAGAAUCAUUAUCAUUUUUGAAGGUCCUAUAUGAAGAAAGUGAAGUCGAUGGUUAUGAUAAUCAAUACGUUGGGUUUACUGAUAUUAUUAAAUAUCUGAAUACUGAUGUUCAACAAAAUUUAGUCGGCUUAAGAUUUAAGGAAUUAUUUGCUCCUAAUGAUAAGACAAAGUCGUUAAUAAGAGAAAUUUUAUCAUCAAUUAUAAACAGAAAUAUUACCAGAGGUGCCUCUAUAGAGUAUACCGCAACAGCUCUACAAGAACGUUGUGGUUCAUUCUGUUCUAGUAGUGAUAUUCUUGGGUUCAGAGCAGUUGAACACUUGAGAAAAGCAAAGGAAAUUGGUGUUAAAGAUUACGAAUCAUUGAGUUAUCAUUUGACAAACGCAAUUAGAUUAUUUGAAAAAAUUGUCGACGAUAUCUCUAUGGAAAAGUUAAAGGAAGCCGUUGCCAUUAUGCUAGAUUUGAAAUAUUUCCCAAAAACAAUUGAAUUUUUAUUAAAUAUGGCAAACUCAAUGGAUAAAGGUAAUUUAGCUUAUCAAUAUGUUGCACAUGGAUGUAUGGAAAAUGAUGAUAGAAAGAAAAUGUAUGAAAAGCGUUUGGUUAUUUAUGAUAUGGUUUUUGAAACUCUGAUUAAAGUGGACCAAUUAGCAGCUACCCAUACAUCUAAUAACACUAAUGCUGUUGUUUCAAAUGAAUGGUCUACUUUAAGAGAAGAAAGUUAUACAUGCGCCUUUGGUUAUAAGGAUAAGUUGUUCCACUAUCAAUUAUACGACUGGUUAGUUACCCAAAAUCAAGAAGAAAAGUUACUACAAUUGGAUACAGAAUAUGUUUUGCCAUACUUGCAAGAAAAAUCCCAAAAUUCAUUGAAGAUUUCGAACUUAUUAUGGGUCUAUCACUCUAAGAGAUCUGACUUCUUAAGUGCAGCAAGUAUUCUUUACUCUUUGGCCUUGUCUGAUUUUGAAAUUAAGUUAGGUGAUAGAAUUGAAUUACUGUCUCGUGCUAAUGGUUUCUGUAACAGUGUCUGUCCACCAAAUCAAAAACAAAACAUGAUGCAAUUAGCUGGUAAAAUUCAAGAGAUAUUUGAUGUUGCUUCAGUUCAAGAUGAUAUUUUAUCAUUGGUCACUACCGAUAGUAGAAUUGAAACAUCGGUUUCUGCAGACUUGAUCAAACAAUUGGACGGUAAAUUUUUACCUGUUAACGAUUUAUUUAACGAUUUUGCAGUGCCACUAGGAUACUAUGAAGUUUGUUUAACAAUUUUUAAGGUUUCAGACUUUAGAAAUCAUGAAGAAAUCAUGUCAACUUGGGAAAAUUUGUUUGGAUCAUUUAAGAAUGAAUUAAAUGGUGGAGGUAAACUAGAAGAUUCUAUUAACUUCAUCAAUUUGCUAUCUAGCGUAGUAAUCAAAGUUGGUAGAAAUGUUCAUGUUUCUGAAUUUGUCUUCCCAGUAUCAGAAUUAUUCCCAAUGAUAAGUUCAUAUUUCCACGAAUUAUUACCAAAGGAACAUAUUAAACCUGGAUCAAUUGCAUCAAUUUUCAUUAAUGCCGGUAUUUCAUACAACAAAUUUUAUUAUAUCUUACGUGAUUUGAUUGAAACCUCAACAGAAUUAAAAGAGGUUUACAAUAAUGAAAUGAUUUGGUUAAUUAAAGAAUGGUACCAAUCCGAUCGUAAACUAAGAGAAAUAAUAAGUUAUGAAGAUAUUUCUUCUAUGACUGCAUACAGCAUUGGCACUGACCCUAUUGAAAAAUACAUGAAACGUACAGGUGAUAGCAUUUAA